GUCGGGCGGCAGGUGAGGGUCGGGCGGCGGCUGGAGGGCGGAACGAGGCUCGCCGGGAGGAUGCGGGAGUACAAGGUGGUGGUGCUGGGCUCGGGAGGGGUGGGGAAGUCCGCCCUCACGGUGCAGUUCGUCACCGGCACGUUCAUCGAGAAGUACGACCCCACCAUCGAGGACUUCUACCGCAAGGAGAUCGAGGUGGACUCGUCCCCGUCCGUGCUGGAGAUCCUGGACACGGCGGGCACCGAGCAGUUCGCCUCCAUGCGGGACCUCUACAUCAAGAACGGGCAGGGCUUCAUCCUGGUCUACAGCCUGGUCAACCAGCAGAGCUUCCAGGACAUCCGCCCCAUGCGCGACCAGAUCAUCCGCGUCAAGAGGUAUGAGAAGGUGCCCGUAAUUCUGGUUGGUAAUAAAGUGGACCUGGAAAGCGAGAGAGAAGUGUCAUCAAAUGAAGGCAGAGCCUUAGCUGAAGAGUGGGGCUGCCCUUUUAUGGAGACCUCUGCUAAAAGUAAAACAAUGGUGGAUGAGCUCUUCGCGGAAAUUGUUAGACAAAUGAACUAUGCAGCACAGCCAGACAAAGAUGAUCCAUGCUGUUCUGCAUGUAAUAUACAAUAGCAUUAAAAACGACCUAACCUGGACUUGAAUUUGCAGAAAUUUUGUAAGGUGGUAAAACUGUCUACUUCACUUCCUGGUUUGUGGGUCACUUGAAAUACAUCUGUAGUGAAGUAGCAACAUUAACUCAGAGCUGAGCAUUGAAAGUCAAUCACUGACUCUGAAUAUAAUUGGGUUCAAUGACCACAUCUCACCCGUUUUUCUCUUUGAGCACCUGCAAUGUUAUGGCAUAGCCAGUCGAUCUACAGGGUCGUUCCAUUUGAGCAUACGUGUUAUCGUGUCCAACAGCAAUGACAGCAACUUUUCUCAAAGAAUUUGGAAGACCUUGGAGGUGGGAAACUAAUGCAGUGGAGAGAAUGUCCUUGAAGACCAUUUGCCACUAGCAGAAGUGAAAAAGGAGAGCUAAGUCUUUGAGUGUCUAAUUGCUGUGCUUUGGGACGUGCGCUAUCACUUGUGGCCAAGUUUGUUCAACUGUGUUGAUUUCACCUGAACUUCUGACAGUGUUAGAGGAAGAGGUUACCAGAGACCUACAUUGUUUGGAUUUUUUUCAAAAUCGAUGCUAUUAUUUCUACACUUUUAUCCCACAUCUUGAAAUAGAGUACAUUGCAUCAGUGAGUGAAGCAAGAGGCAAGAUCUGCAAGCAGGUGACAGGUGAAGAAACAGUACGGCAUUGGAAUGUUUUAAAUCUUUCGUUUUGCUGCUCAAAAAUGGAGGAUCGCUUCAGGUUUUGGUCUGCAAAAAGCCAAACAAACCCUCUGUUUACAAAGCAGGAAGCAUCUUUAUUUAUCACAUUACUGAACCAGGAGGAAGCAACUGUGAUGAAAAAAUUGCUGAGCCUUACUAACAAGGAACACUUUAAUAGAUUAACUAGUACCAUCUUGUAAGGAAAAUUAAGCCAUGUUGCAUCCAUAUGUUCCCUUCUGCAGAAACCUCAUGGGACAGUACGAACAUCCUGCAUUUUUAAGUUUGUUAAAGACAACAGUUUUUUCUUGCCUUUAAGGGCUACGUUCUCUGGUGGGAUCCCUAGCUAACCUUUGAAAAUCAAGUUUGCUAUUUCACAGCUUUAAUGACGGAAGCUUAAAUUGGAUAACCAUGUAAAAUCAUUUGGUUCGGAGCUGAAAUAGUUACAGUUAUGAUUCCUUAAGUGAGUGUGGAAAUGGCUCUUUAAUUGCCCGAGGCACACUAUUCAGAGGUUGCCCCAAUUAUUUGAGUGUUAAAUGGUGGGAGCAAGUAUUUUAUUUUGAAAGGAUGCUCGAGCUCUGGCUUGCUAGUUUCAUAGCAGUGAAGUAUUUAUCAUUUGCAUGACUAAUGGCACAGAAGUACCUAUUCUGAAGUCUUACAAUCAAAGUAUAGAAAAGUUUUCAAUCACAGUGUUUAGAUUUUACAUGCUGGAGAGAUUGUCUUGAGCUGGAUCUCUUAUAGGUAAAAUUGGCCAUAAAAAUAGAGUCACUGAGCCUGUGGUCUAAAUAACACCAUGCAUUCAUUAGUUUUUCAAUCUUGUGCAGUAACAGUGUAGUUCCUUGUGUUUAAAUGAGUGAAAACAGGGGUGCUGGGCUGUGUGUGUGUGUGUUGAGUGUGUAUGUGUGUGUGUAUAUGGCCCUUAGAAAUGCUGUAAUUGGAGUUAGGUUCGAGAGUUUUGCCUUCAUCUGCAGAACUGCCUAAAAAUGCUCUCAUCUUCUACAAAGGAAACUUUGUACAGCACACUUUGCAUAUUUUCAUAUACAUUCUUAACGUUUAAAUUGUAGUUCAGUGGAUGGUAAGCAAAGGAAAUCAUAUUAAUCAAAGAGAACGGACCAUCUCUGCCCUUAAUCUUUCAAAACCUUUCUACAACCAAUGCAUCGAAGGGCAUUAGAUGUCACAAAACGUCACGCCUUACUCAAACGUUAAUAUAGCCCUUCUUCCCAUCUACCUUUUGGAACUUUUGUUACUGUACUUUGUUCUCCUAGAGAUAUUCACACCGUUUAUUUCUGGCAUCUGAAUGCCCGCUUUGGGUGCUCUGAAUUGCCCUCCUAGAGGCACCUACCUCUUUCCAUUGACUAUAUAGCAAAGCUUAGGCUUUUAUCUUUGGUCCUCUGAGUCACGCAACUUCUAUGCCUAAACUAGAUGGUAUGAAUGUUCUCUUCCCCCCUCCCCCAUCCGCCCGUUUCAGCCACAUGCUUAAGCAAGAUUUCAAAUACUGAAUUGGUGAUUCUGUAAUGUUUCAGAUAUCCGGUUAUUGAGCAGCACAACCUAUCUGUAAAAUAGCUUGUCAGUGGGAGAUGCACUGCAUAAGCACUCAAAAAGGAAUUAAAAGCCCCGUAAAACUUAGAAGAGCGUGUUUUGCAACGUUAUUUACAGAGAUGUCAAAAUCUUACCUCGUAGAUCGUUCAUCGGCCAAGAAAAUGGCACGAAGUACAAUACGAACGGCCUAACAUGGAGCUGAUAAGAUAUAAAACAGAUGGGCUUCUAAUAGAAGAGAAAUUGCACAGUGAAAUUCCUAACAGAAGAUACUAAUGAAAAUAGAGCCUGGUCUUGUUUUUGCAUUACACUUUCACAUUCUCUGAAACUUGGAUCUGCGUAUGCUAUCACGCAGUACUGCGGAGGGGGGUGCGUGGGGGGCGGGGGUGGUUAAGCCUAAGUGUUGUUUAUUUCAUAUAAUUCUGAGGGAGUAGUUAUGCACUAUUUGUAUUUCCACUAAUGUGAAGGUAGUGGAGCUUGAAUCAAUGACAGUUGCACUUGACAGAGACUUUCUCCCGACUCCAGGGGUAGCAGGAAGGUAGGUGCGUGAGCCGCGCAGCGCUUCUAUGGCCGCCCCGUGGGGAGUCACGCUGGUUGUUUGAUUUGUACCCUGAAAGGAUUACCGAUUCCCAUCAAAUUUCUUACAACAUGCCUUAAAAUGUUAUCGUUUGUUCCAAAGACCCGCUUUUUUCCUUUGGCUGUUCUUGUAGAGCUUUGUCCUUUUCUACAAAAGCAGCAUUUCUCCUUUUUUUUUUUUUUUUUUCUUUUUCUUUUUCUUUUAUUGUGCUUUUUUUUUUAACGUUGCAACUUUUAUUCUUUCCAGCCAUGAUAGUGAUAGCAACUGGUUCCUCUUUCCCUUGAAAGCGCUCUCAAGAAACUGGUCCAAGCAAACGGAAUCAAAUCAGGAGUGUUACACAUAGUUGCUUUUUCCUGUCGUUUUUGUUCUCCCUCUGCCCCUUUCAAGAGCAUCAGAAGGACUCGGUGAGGUUUUCUGUUCAGGUUCUCGCCUCUCUCCCUAACCCCAGUGCUACAGUUGCCAUUACUUCUCUGUGGGAAAAAUACUGGUAUUUGCUUUCUUGUAUAGAAUGUUGCCUAAAGAUGUCAGCCAUUUGGUUGGGGGGUUUUUGUGCAUGUUUGUUUUUUACUUUUUUUUUUUUUUUCCUUUAUGUUGUUCUUUUUGCCAGUGUGCCCUCAAAGCACUGGUUAGGCUUUAAUUGUGAAACUCCGCGACAAAAGCCAACAUUUUGAUGACUGCAGGAAGCUUUUAUCUGCAUUGUUGUGCAUCUGUUGAUUCUUGAUCAGGGUUUGAAGGAAGACUGAGGUGUGUGCUGGAACCAGGCUUAACGCUGUUGAUUUGGAGUUUCCCAGAGGUGAAUUAAUGUGUUUCACAGAUAACUGUUGAGCUCUGAUACAACUGGCGACUUAAAAUAAAUGGGGCAACAGUUUGUUUUGUAACAAUGUCAGUUGUUAAAACCUUGAUGUUUCAAAUAAAACAAGAACUGUACAUAGAACUCAAUGCAAACUCA